AGUAAAGUGAAUUUUCUCAUCAAGCCGUGUGAGGGACAAAUUAUUUCUGCUGUGACUGGUGUUGGUAGAGAAUCUGAUUGAAAGAGAGGAACAAUGAUACCACAGAGCAGCUGACAGAAACAGGACUGUUGUUGACAGGAAAAUCUCAUAUCCUACACUCAAUCCGGGAGGUUGGUGUGAAGAAGCUUCUGAGUGAUUCUUGUCAGUCCAAAGUUUUCUUUGUCAGACAUUUUGUAUUUGGGAAAUGUAUGGAAACAACGCUCCCUUCUCUUAUUCCCCAGGGGGUUUCCCACAAGAGGACCUUCCUCAGCAGAGGUGGGGUUUCCAACAAGAUGACCUAAGGGGUUCUCCACUGCAAAGAAGCAACACAUCCAGGCCCAAUGGCAAAUCCAUAUACAUGCAGAGAAAGGAGUACUCUGAUGUGCUGAACAGACAUCCUGACAACCUUCAUGUCAGAGUGGAGCAUCUGUUCACCUGUGAUCUGGAUGGCCGGGAGAUGAGGUCAGUGGAUGACUGUGUGGCCAAGCUUAAAAGGCUGGAUGUCAAAGGUCGCCUGUGGCCUCAACAAAUGGUCAUGGAGGCUCAGGGAGGAUAUCUGCUACUCAGUGACAUUGAGACCAAAGCAGAGCUGGAGGCGCUGCCUUUGAGUAGCAUCCAAAACACCAAAGCUGUGUUGGAUACCUGUGCCUACAACUCUGUGUUGACAGUAACUUUGCAGGAACGCAGCAAACGCAUCACUCAGGUCUACUUGUUCCAGUGUGAGGAGACUGGGGCGGACCUCAUCAAGAGGGAUCUGGAUAAGAUCAUCCAAAAAGGAGGUAGUCAUGUGGAACCACGCAGGGAGCAGCCAAACAUCAGGGGUAAUCAUGAGAAUAUCUUAGGGCAACAUGCUUCAGGUUCAAGUUUCAGACAGGCUGGGCCUCAUCCUAUGCAACGAGAAAGGACCCUGCCACUGCCAGACCACCUGGCGCCACAGUGGGGCAACAGCAGAGAACCAGAAAUUAUGCCUCGCCCACAAAUCUACACCCCACAUGAAGAACUGAUGCAGCAGCCUGAUCUUCAUGAACUACAGAGCAGCCCAGAUAUGGGUCUGUCACCUGAGCAUAUGGACACUGACAGGAACAUGGACAUUUUGAACCAUGUUUUAGAUGAUAUGGAGAUUUUCAUGGGCAAAGUGUCUGCUGCAUUAAAUGCACCUCCAGGGCAAGAUAAGAAGAGCAAAAAGAAAGGCUUAAAGAAGAAGAAGAAGAAGGAGAAAUCUAAUGAAAAUGCUAUUAGUCUGCCAUAUUGGGAGGAAUAUGUGUCCUAUCUUAAGAAAAUUAAAUAUGGAUUCAAUCUGCUGGGCCAGUUGGACAGGGCAUUGAACAACCCCAGUGCUCCUGACUAUGUUCACAUCUUCUUUAGUAGUUUAAGCACGAUACUGCCUCAUUAUCCUGCAGACCUGCCUCCCACUGUGCUCUCUCCACUGCUGACAGAUGCGGCACUGCGGUUGAUGGGUGAGGUCGUUAACCCAGAGGAGGACCAAAUCUGGAGCUCUCUGGGAGACUGCUGGAAUAUCCCCAGAUCUAGAUGGCCAGAUGAUGAUGUCCCACCUUACUACCCAGAGUUCUACGAUGGCUGGCAGCCUCCUGCCCCAAUACGCCUGCCUUCCCAGCCAGCUUUCCAGAAUAGUCCAAUGAGCAGGAGCAACAGCCAGCGCUUCCCAUCUGGUCACCCCAACGGACAGAUAAACGACAGUCAGGGUUUCCCACCCAGAGGGAUGCAAGAGCCUAUGAGCAACAGUCCAUGGAGUUCCCGACCGCCAUCCCGCUCCAGUGAGUCACCCCUGCACAUGCGUGUCAUUUACGACUUUAUGGCCAGGAACAACCAAGAGCUCAGCUUAAUGAAGGGGGAAGUGGUCGAGGUGAUUAAUAAAACAAAGCAGUGGUGGCUCGUACGUAACAACCGUAACGAGGAAGGCAACGUUCCUCAGAACGUCCUGGAGCCGAUGAACAGGGCCGGGCCCAUAGACGAUCUGCGAGACCCUCGUGGCCCAGUGACUCUGGACAUGCACUCCAUGCCUGCAGAGGUCAAAGCCUGGCUGGACUACAAAGGUUUCUCCAAAAUCACUGCAUCGAGCCUUGGAGUGCUGAAUGGUAAACAGCUGCUGGGGAUGACCAAGGAUGAGAUAAGGACUGUGUGUCCAGAGGAGGGAGGGAAGGUCUUCUUCCAGCUUCAGGCUGUUAAGUCAGCCAUUGCUCUCGCAAGUGAACCGUCAGGCCCCUACAACGGCCGCUACUAAUGAACAACGACAUGGCAAAAAGUUUCUCCUGAAUCUUCAUCCACAGAUCAACAUCCAGAUUUUUUUGUCCAAUUCAUUAUGUCAUAAAUUAGUUUGUGUGGAUGACAUGACUGAAAUGCUGAUUUCUUACUGAAUUACUAGAUUUAGUCAAAUAUAUUACUAGCAGCAAAAAUUGAGAUUAUUUGUAUGUUUGUUUCAUGUAUAGUUUUCUGAAUUGUGGUUAAAUAAAAAAAUGUAUGUAGACCUUUGUUCAAUCAAACAU